CACCUGUGGACACUCAGUUUUUAGAGUUAUUUAUAAAUUUAUAAAUUAUAGGCAUUUUAUUACUUUAAUGUCUUAUAUCCUUAAUUUUACACAGUGCCAAUGAAGCCAUCAAACUAAGUAAAAUCAAUCUGUGAAAGUUUUCACAAAUCAAGAUGAGAGUGGUUUCACUCUUCUAGACAACUUAUAGAGAUAUUUGCAUUAUAAAAUAAGGAGUCACAAUGUUAAAACCACUGACUGCGGAGCGGAGGAAUGAUGUCACUUGAAUUCAACAUUAUUUACAUGUACGACAGCGCACAGCAGAUUUAUAGCCAAUCGAAGUCUGAAUUUCAAACUGCAAACUAUCUUUCUUGCAGUCACAGAGAGUAGGUUAGUGAGGACAAAUAGGCAAAGAAAGAAAGAAAGAAAGAAAGAAAAAAGUGAAAGGAGUAUAGGAACUAGGGAGAAAAAAAGAAAGAAAUAGCAAUAAUAUUCAAACUAUGUACCCCAUGGAUACAACAGCCCUAAAUCUCAGGAGACCUGAGCCACGUGAUGGGUUUGCUAUGUCAAACAGCUUCGUCUUUGAAAAUAAAGGGGAUCCUACUACUGGACAGACGCAUUGUGUCGCCCGUUUACUAAUUCUCCCCUUCAAUUUUUCUUUUAUGCUCAGAUCUCUUAAACAUUAUGUUGUAUACUUUCGUUGUGCUUCUUAUUCUCUCGUCUACUCUUGAUUUGUCAAAGCAGGAUGUGAUUGAUAAUAUACUUAUGAGUUUAUCUAAGGGAAUUACAUACUUUGAUGAGCAGGGCAGACACAUCAACCUGGAUGGUGUUGUUGGAUACACAAUACUUCAAGCGCAGCUGCAGGAGGCGACACGAACUUGGCCGCACUCAGAUUUUUUGAGUCUUUCUCAGCGCUCAGCUGCAGUUUCUAUGUUGAAGCGACUAAACAGAAGCAUGUCCACUGCUCUCUAUGCUCUUCAGGAUACAGAUCCCAAAUACUUCAAAGAGUUUGAGCCCAUAUUGGACAGCUCAUUUUGGUCACUGCCUGCAGAAUGGAGCUCCACAGACCCCUCAUUGGCUUAUACCUCAGUGAGGACUAUGGAGUGCUAUGAUGAGUAUCUGAGUGACAAGUGCAUGACUCUCCUUCUUGGAACAUGGAAAGACAAUGGAACCCCAUGUAUCGUCACUCAGUCCUGUAGAGACACAAUGACGCAGUUUGGAUGUCCACACUAUUCCCUGUCCCACCAGCUACUCUACUUCAUGAUAGGAAAAAUGAAAGGGUGCUCCAGAAUGCUCAAGGGGGACAUGAGAUUGUCUCGUGUCAACAUUACUGUGGAACACUACCAGAGAAUCUUCUGCUCCAACAUGAUGAAGAGCAACCAGGAUAUUUUCAGGAAUGGUCUUCCUGGUCAAAUGCAAGACAUCUUUAUAGAAAACAUUCUUUUAUGUGGUUUAGUGGGAUUCUCAGACUUCUAUAAAUUGGACUGGUUACAGUCUAUUGUAACAUGGCAAGAUCAAGAAGUAGGUUGUUUUGGCAAAGAAGAGGACAUCUCCCAGGUCUUUGAGGAAUUUUUGGAUGUACCCCACAAACGGGUGAAAAGAAGGGAAAAAACACUUAAAGAUGGCUGCUCAAGUCAUAUGACAGGAGUUGCAGUGAGUGCAUUAGGAGGUUUUCUCAACUACUACCUUUCAGAGCAGGACAUAACGAAGAGGCCCUUAAUCUAAAGCCCAUGCUCAGUGGUACAAUAGGUCUCAAAACCUGCCUUCUUACCAGGCUUUUUAGUUGAAUCUUGUAUAUAAUUCUUUCAUAUAUUAUGUAUUCUCUGUAAAGGAGUGG